AACAAAGGGGAGUGGGUUACAGAAGAUAGAUCCACGUCUGCGUCAGAGUCCACUGCUGCACGUGGAUAAAGUAACAUGGCAGCGCCCUGUGGUCGCUAUUGAAAAGAUCCAAAUAGCGGUUGUUGAUAGAACCCCAUGGUUGAGCCACCACCAGCAGCACCAAAAAUCAUGGAACCAUCUGAUGACCCCACAGAAGACUCCGCGACCACCAUCGAAAACCCAGAGACCAAACAAGCAGAGGUUGGCAAGUCUGACUCAGAACCCAGCUUGUACAACUACAUCAAAGAUGAGCUCUUCACCUCCGAGAUCUACAAGGUGGAGAUCCAGAACCUGCCUAAGUUUGUGGGCUUCAACGACCUCAAGAAGUUCCUGUCAAGGCACGGCCUCAGCCCGCACAAGAUCAAGCUGUUUGGCAGGCAGACGUUUGCCUUCGUCACCUUCAUGAACGAGGAGGAGCGCGACAAGGCCAUGAAGAUGGUCCACGGCAUGCUCUGGAAGGGCCAGGUGCUCAGUGUCCGACUGGCCAAGCCCAAGGCCGACCCCAUCCAAAGGAAGAGGAAGCAGCAACAGGAGGAGGGAGGUGGACCAGCCGCCAAGAGACAGGACGUGGAGGAGGACAGCGAGCCCUUCAGUGUCCAGAUAGCCAACGUGGUGACUCCUUUGUGGAAGGUGCCCUAUGAGGAGCAGCUACGGCGCAAACAGCAGGAGGUGGAGGGCGUUCUGCAGAGGCUGGCCAAAGAGAUCGGCAACACCAACAAAGCCAUGGCGCCCUCUUUUGCUCAGAAAGGAAAAUAUAACAACAUGUGUUGCCCACUGGAAGACAUUCAACCAUCUCCUUCACUGACGGAAUACAGAAACAAGUGCGAGUUCCUGAUCUCGAUGGGCGCAGACGGCGAGGACAAGACUGUCGGGUUCCGCCUGGGGAAGUACAAGGGGGGCUCCUGCGCCGUGGUGGGGCCAGCCGAGACCACCCACGUCUCUGCCGAGGCCAAGAGAGUGGUUGCUGCCUUCCAGAAGUUCAUCAGGACCACCGAGUACUCUACGUACAGUCCUGAGACGUACGACGGCCACUGGAAGCAGCUCACAGUGCGCACCAGCAGGACCAAGCAGGCUAUGGCCAUGAUCUACUUCAACCCGCAGAAACUUGCAGAGGAGGAGCUGGACGCCCUAAAGAACUCAUUGAGGAAGUUCUUCACAGAAGGAGAGGGGGCAGACAGCGGGGUGACCUCCCUUUACUUUGUCAGAGAAGGUCAAAGGACCGCCCCCAAACCAGAGGACAGCCCCUGUGAGCUGGUGGACGGAGAGAGUUCCAUCCAGGAAGAACUCCUAGGGCUGAAGUUCCGGAUAUCUCCUCAAUCCUUCUUCCAGGUAGAUCGCCACACCAACAGACUUUCACUGCUCUACUCAAAAGUGGGGGAGUGGGCACAGCUGGACCAGGACAGCACGGUGCUGGAUGUCUGCUGCGGCACCGGGACCAUCGGCCUGUCCCUGGCAAAGAGGGUCAAGAAGGUGAUUGGUAUCGAGAUGUGCAAAGAGGCUGUGGAAGACGCUAAACACAACGCUAAGCUCAAUGGUACGACCAAUGUGGAGUUCCACGUGUGGAAAGGCAGAGGAACUUGUUCCCCAAAAUCCUCAAAUGCUCUGGUGUCGCCCAACGUUACCACGCAAUCGUCGACCACGCCCAGAGCCGGCUUACACUCUAAAGUUGUGCUGGCCAUCCGGAGAGCCGAACACCUCAAGAGGCUGGUGUACGUGUCCUGCAAUGCCAAGGCCGCCAUGGCAAACUUCAUUGAUCUGUGCAGAGCACCAUCCAACCGGGUGCGAGCACCUUUCAGGCCUGUGCGCUGCAUGGCCGUGGACCUCUUCCCUCAGACCGUCCACAUGGAGAUGGUUCUGCUGCUGGGAGAGGCUGGACUAACAGCUCCCAGAAAUGCUGCAGACAAGCAGGAAGAGGCUGUGGCCAAGGCCCAAUAGCAUAAGUGGAUGGCAUCGACAUGGCUUUUCUAGAUAACCAAUGCACACUGCUAAUACUGUAAUCAUACGGCUAUAGAUAACUUGCAGGACACAUACCUACUCUUCUUAAUUCGCCUUUAUUUGUUUGUGAUGAAGAAAUUUACGUUUGUUGGAAAUGUUUUUUUAUUUUAAUUAAAAACAACCUGGUUUUGUCAAAA